CUUCUAUACUAUAGAUAAGGUACUCGCGUUAUCGGUUGAAGCAUUAUCAACGCAUGGACGCCAUUUUGUUGGUUGGCAAAACAUUAUGAUAAUUUUCGUAUUAUGCACAGUAAAGUGUAUCUGAUGGUUCAUUAUUUAAGUAUUUUGUAAAUGUAAAUGCAUUACAUUUAAGCUGAUUUUUAUGUUACAUUAAUUAUAGUAAUUAUGCCAGUAUCUUGUGUGGCAUAUGGAUGUACCAAUAGGUAUAAAUCCGGUCAAAAUAUUCAUUUUUUUCGAUUUCCUUUGAAUAAUGAAAAUGUAAACCAAAAGUGGAUUAUUGCAUUGAGACGAAAAAAUUGUAUACCAUCCCAAUGGAGUCGUAUAUGCAGUAUUCAUUUUAUUGACAGUGAUUAUGAAAUAAGACCUGGUACCACUAAACCAUGUUUAAAAAUUGAUGCUGUACCAUCAAAUUUCCCAUCUUUUCCUUCUUACCUUCAAAAACCUGCCAAAUGUCCUCGAAAAGAACCUGCAAAAAGAAACUAUACACCAAUGGAAGUUCCAAUAAUUGAUACCGGUUUGUAUUUAAAUUUGAUCUAUAUCUUUAAUUAAUAACGACGUUUACUUACUAAAUUAAUUAUUUUUAAUCACCAGUAGUUACUUAUUAAACACUUUUAUUGCUUGUAAACUUGUAUUAUUUUAUUAUCUUAUUUUAUCGCUAUAUAUUAUAAUUUAACACAAUAUCAAAAUUGUAUGAAUCUUCUUGAAAAUCAUAAAAUCGAUUUUAUUGAUAAAUCAAACCUAC